GGAAACGAAAGGAUCACUUCCGGUUUUGCAACCCCGGGAACCGGCGGCGUCGAUCGGCCCUUUAAGGCCUUACUCCGAAGCUCCGCCUUCGCUUGGGUCUUUCUAGAAAGGCAGCUUUGGUCUGGACCCAGCGGGACAGUGUCCCGGGCUCCCGUGUGUCUUCCAUGGCGGAUACGACCCCGAACGGCCCCCAAGGGGCGGGCGCUGUGCAAUUUAUGAUGACCAAUAAGCUGGACACAGCGAUGUGGCUGUCUCGCCUGUUCACAGUUUAUUGCUCCGCUUUGUUCGUUCUGCCUCUUCUUGGGUUGCAUGAAGCAGCAAGCUUUUACCAGCGUGCUUUGCUGGCCAAUGCCCUGACCAGCGCUCUGAGGCUGCAUCAGAGAUUACCACACUUCCAGUUGAGCAGAGCAUUCCUGGCGCAGGCCUUGUUAGAGGACAGCUGCCACUACCUGCUGUACUCACUCAUCUUCGUCAACUCCUACCCAGUUACAAUGAGUAUUUUCCCAGUCUUGUUAUUUUCAUUGCUUCAUGCUGCCACAUACACUAAGAAGGUCCUGGAUGCAAAGGGUUCAAAUAGUUUACCUCUGUUGAGAUCCGUCUUGGAUAAAUUAAGUACUAAUCAACAAAAUAUUCUGAAGUUCAUCGCUUGUAAUGAAAUAUUCUUGAUGCCCGCUACAGUUUUUAUGCUCUUUAGUGGUCAAGGAAGUUUGCUUCAGCCUUUUAUAUAUUAUAGAUUUCUUACUCUUCGAUAUUCCUCUAGAAGAAAUCCCUAUUGUCGGAACUUGUUUAACGAACUGAGGAUUGUUGUUGAACACAUUAUCAUGAAACCCUCCUGCCCGCUGUUUGUGAGAAGACUGUGUCUCCAGAGCAUUGCCUUUAUUAGCCGGCUGGCACCAACAGUUGCGUAGUUUAACAUCUAGUUAAGCUGUGUUUAGAAGAUUAGCAUUAUUAGCUGGUAAUUCGGAUAGGGGUCCUAAAUUACAGGUCUAACACUGACCUCAGUUCAAUUUACAUGAUUUAUAUCAAUGCAUCUCAAGUCAAAAAUAAUAAUUUUCGUGGCAUGUUAAAUCAAGCCUUUAACACUUUGUGAGGAAAUUUUACUGUCUAUUACUGUCAGUGGUUACAUGAGUUGUGUUUAGUGAUGAAUGUUCGUACAUUGUUUUAGAUGCUGCUGCGCCUACAUCAUGAAGUACAUUUAUUUCUUUUUUCUUUCUUUUUUUUUUUUUUUUUUUUUUUUUUUGGUUCUUUUUUUUUUCGGCGCUGGGGACCGAACCCAGGGCCUUGCGCUUCCUAGGCAAGCGCUCUACCACUGAGCUAAAUCCCCAACCCCACAUUUAUUUCUUUUAAAAAGAAUUCUGAAAUUCAUUUUACCCUAACUAUUAACCCAAGUUAUGUUUGGAAUGAGUUCAUUAUGGUAAUAGAUGAGUUCAGUAUAUUUUGAAACUGUAUUUUUCCAUUCUGUAAUUUUGGUUGAGAUUUUAGGAGAAGCACAUCUCCCUGCAGGUUCAGUUCACAUUGUACUUGUGCUGCUUUCUAGGACAAAUGUGUUCAGCUUGCACUAUUAUAAAGAAGUUCUGUAUGCAUUUUAUGACCUGUUAAGCUUUCAUUUCCAUAAACCAUCUGUGGCUUUGAAUGAUGUUUGAAAAGUGGUUUGACUGUAAACCUCUUUUGGAUUAGAUCUUUAGGGUCAUGUAAUCAUUUACUCUAGACACAGAGACCUACUGACUAACUUUUAUAAAUGUCAACCAAUAGAUUAUCAGUGUUGCAAUAAAGUGUAGAACUAUAUAGUUCCAGAAUGUUGACUUUAGUUUUCUUGGUUUCUUAGGCUUGAAAUUUCCUAGCCAUGUGCAGCAGCAGUUCAGAGGCCUUUGAAAGGAUGUGAUUGAAGACAGCAUGUGAUUACACUUGUAUGUUCUGAAAUAAUGAAGAAUAUUCUGUAGAUUACAUGUUUAUCCAGCAGAUAUGAUUCAGAGGGUUUAAUGGAGAGGGUUAUGGGUAAGGUAAUUAUUGGGGAAUGGGCCUGGGGAGUAGUUGAGGGGAGUAAUGGGUGUUUACAUAGAUAAGUUGGGGGACUGAAUGUAUAAUGCAUCUGUGAUUGAGACUGUAUAACAUGGUCAAUUCUCUUAAUUGAGUUCCCAUCUAUUCCUUUAUAAAAGUCAUUCUGAUCCUUAUUACUUACUGUUGCAUGAUUGGGAGUACUUAAAACACUACACAGUUUUAGUAUACAGUAAUGUAAUGUGGCUUUUUUUUGUACCCAGUUCUAUCUGCAUGUAAUUUGGAUUUUUCAAAUACAUUCAUUAGUAACUUAUAAUAUCAGUUUUCUUUGUGUUUAAGUUCCUAAUCUACAGAAAGGUGAUAGUCUUGGAGUAGAUUUCCAGAAAAUACUACUUGAUAGCUUAGCUUUAACCAGCUACUUUUAUAUUUUUGUAAUAUUUAUCCACCAAGUUGGAGAAGCAACCUCAUAAUAUCCAGUCGAUUUUUUUAUGUGUGCCUAGCCUCCUUAUCACUAUGUAAUCUGAUGGUUUUAAAAAUACAACUUUGGGGGCUGGGGAUUUAGCUCAGUGGUAGAGUGCUUACCUAGGAAGCGCAAGGCCCAGGGUUCGGUCCCCAGCUCCGAAAAAAAGAACAAAAAAAAAAAAAAAUACAACUUUGUAGAGCAAUAAAGUGACUAUCUUGUUAUGUAAACAUACUGAUUUCUAAUGAUGUUUUAAAGCAUUGUCUGGAAUGACAAUUGAGUUAUGGCAGCUAAAGGGAUAUUUAUUUUGAAAUGUUUUUUUCUCCUACAUUUUUUUCCCCCAAUCUUGGAACAUUUUAGAUUUACAACAGCUUCUAAAACAGUGCUGAGAGUGCCUGUGUCCCUCUUUCUUUCCUAUUUUUAUAUUAGUAUCUUUUAAUUGGUAGGACAUAUAUGCAAAGAAAGAUAUUAACCUCAGAUUAGCUAAAGUACAAAAUGUAUUUGUAUUUCACCAAUUUUUCCAUUUGUGUUGUACGUGUGCUGUAUUUGUACCAGGAUUGCCUUUUAAGUUUCAAGGCCUAUCAAUGAGUUUGUUCUUUAUGAUAAUUGGUCCAAAAGCUUCCCUUAGAAGAGCCAAUAAUGCUGAGUUUAACAAGAAUUUUUUUCUUAAAACUUGUAAUUUCAAAUGUUUAGUGAUAUAAUCAAGACUCUUUAAUGAUAUUGCAGAAUUUCGUUUCUGAUAACUUGUACUUGAAUGGAGGUGUAGAUUUGUUUCUUAAGGAAAGAUACAGUAUAUAAAUAAUAUUCUCAAGCCCAUGAAAAGGCAAAUUUUAUAAUUUGAACAUUGCUAGAUGUUAAUUUGCAUGAAGUUGUAGUUAGAAAUCUUACCUUCUGUGAAUAUGUACAGUCAGCUGAUCUGGAGUCUGCAGUUAGUGUUUCCAUGUACACCUAUCAAAACCAGGACAUAGAAUGGUGCAUAAAGUGUGUGUUACGAAGGAAUUUAACACUGUAUAGCUAUGCAGUUUAAAGGAAGUUGAUUUACCGUGUAGAACAUCUAGUGCUUUAGAAACGGGAAUAAAUAGUGCUUUUGGUUUUAAA